AUGGACAAAAGCCUUGUGAAAGGUGUAAGAGGAGAAAAAAAAUUGCCUCGUGCAGCUAUAAACAAGGACUCUCCUAGAGUUAUCUUGCCCUACUAUAAUCAACCAUUACAUGAUUCCAAUAAACCAUUGCAAGGCUCUUCUAUAGCUGACUUGCCCAACUGCAAUAAACCAAUUUCAAACAUAAAUUGUCACGUAAAUGUUUCUCAAGUUCAAGUACCCAACGUGAACGAUCAUUUAUUUACAGCAUCUGAGCCCCAAUUACCUUUGACUGCUUCUUAUAAUGUUAAUACACCUUGUUACAAUAAAGAAUGGUCAUUGUCAUUAAAUAUAAAUUCAUUACAAGGCCCAGCAUUAAACAGAGAAUUACAAUUGUUAUCAAAUCAAAACUGUCAUUUAAAUUCAUCAAAAGCAUCAAGCAUUUAUCAACGCCAUCAUGACUACCAAAAUGUAGAUAAUCAUUUAAACUCAUCUAAAGACUGUUUCUGCCAAUUAUCCAACCCGCUUAUCGAAAUUGAUAUGUACGCUGAAUCACCUCUAGAUAUGGGUCAAGUGAACACGUGUUUUGACACCAGUUAUCAACCUCCACUUCCUUCGAUUUUUGGAACUUAA